AUGUACGAAAAAGUGAUCCUCACCAUCAUUUUCCUCUUCCUCCUCCUAAUCUCCUACUCAAUCUUCAUCGGCUCUCUCGACAUUCGAUCUUAUUUCAACCAACUACCAACCUUUCAACCCGCUCCAUGUAAAUCCGACCCGAAACUCCGUGUCUACAUGUACGAUCUCCCUCCCCGUUUCAACGUCCAAAUGAUUGACCGCCGGAACGCGUCCGAGUCUCCCGUCACUGCUAACGACUUCCCGCCGUGGCCGGGAAAUUGGGGGCUCAAGAGGCAACACAGCGUUGAGUACUGGAUGAUGGGAUCGCUUAUUCAUGAAGGCGAUGAUGGUGGUGAGUCUAGAGAAGCUGUUAGGGUUUUGGAUCCGGAAGUUGCUGACGCGUUUUUUGUUCCGUUUUUCUCUUCGUUGAGUUUUAAUACGCAUGGGCAUACUAUGACGGAUCCUGAUACCGAGAUUGAUCGCAAAUUGCAGGUUGAUCUGAUGGAAAUCUUGAACAAGUCCAAAUAUUGGCAGAGAUCUAAAGGCAGAGACCACAUAAUUCCUAUGACACACCCCAAUGCCUUUAGGUUCCUACGGAAUCAAGUGAAUGCUACUAUUCAAAUUGUUGUGGAUUUUGGCCGCUAUCCCAAGAGCAUGUCUAAUUUGAACAAAGAUGUGGUGACCCCGUAUGUUCAUGUUGUGGAUUCUUUUACAGAUGAUGAACUUCAAGAUCCGUACGAGGCUCGCUCCACACUGCUUUUCUUUCGAGGGAGGACUUUCAGGAAGGAUGAAGGUAUUGUCCGUGCUAAACUGGCAAAGAUAUUAAGUAGUUAUAGUGAUGUUCACUAUGAACGAAGUGUUGCAACUGAAGAAAACAUAAAAGCGUCAUCUAAAGGGAUGCGUUCAUCAAAGUUCUGUUUGCAUCCAGCAGGAGACACAGCAUCAUCUUGCCGCCUUUUUGAUGCAAUUGUGAGUCAUUGUGUUCCUGUCAUUGUGAGUGAUAAAAUCGAACUCCCGUUUGAGGAUGAGAUUGAUUAUUCCCAGUUCUCUCUGUUCUUCUCUUUCAAAGAAGCAUUACAGCCCGGAUACAUGGUCGACCAGCUUCGUAAAUUUCCAAAGCAGAAGUGGACUGAAAUGUGGAGGCAGCUUAAAAACAUCUCACAUCAUUAUGAAUUCCAGUACCCUCCAGAAAAAGAGGAUGCUGUUAAUAUGCUUUGGAGACAGGUCAAACACAAGCUUCCAAGGGUUACUCUCUCUAUUCAUAGGAACCGAAGGUUAAAAAUCUCAGAUUGGUGGUGA